AUGGCCUCGAUUAUCACCGAAGGACACGUCAGUGCCAAUAUUCUGUCUUUUGGCGAGAAAGAUUUCCUUUUCACCGGAACAGUCUGCAGGGCAUGGCGACAGAACUCCGUGGAAACGUACACCGGAGCGGGAGCAGCAGUCGAAAGCACAUCUAGAUUACAGGAAGCCGUUGAAUACGGCGUCAACCCCCACCUGGCAUCGUUUCAUUCAUUGGAUGACGGCGCCAGCAUAGCUGUCAUCCGGAAACUAAACGAAAGCUAUUGCUUCUGGGAUCAGUUCGACAUAGAGCGUGCCGCGCAGCACGGGCGCGUCGACGUCCUGAUGUUUAUGCGCGAGAAGGGGUACCCAGCCGACGAGCGGGUGCUCCACUCCGCCGUGCGGUACAAUCAACAGGAAGUUGUCAAGUACCUCCUGGGGGUCGGAUGCCCAAUUGACAAGACCGUCAUCGAGUGGGGAUUCGGUCCCUAUAUCGUCGACGAACUGAAGAUGCGGUCGAUGGAGGUUGCUAUCUCCGAGGGGAACUUGACGAUGGUCAAGAUCCUGCGCACCGUCGACUACCCUUUCAUCGACAACAGCUUCGUGUUCGCGUGCGAUACUCAAAACACUGAAAUACUAGAGUAUCUCAUUCAGGAGAAAUGCCACGUGCCACAAGGUCUCUUCCGCGAAUCGGUUGAACUCCGUAGUUUCUUUACGCUUGCGUUUUUGAUCGACCACAAGUUGCUGGUGGAUGAGUGGGAUCUGUGGGGAUGCAUCAUGGAUGACGGCGAUGACAUGAUGGUGUUCUUGCUCGAAAAAGGCAUCAUCCCGACAGACGACGACGUUGACUCGGCGAUCGCCGCCGGCAAGCUUGGCACCGCCAAGUUUUUGACGAAGGAGUACUCUUGUCGGCCCACGCCGUUGGCGUACAUGAUCGUAUUCGACAACAUAAUGUGCGACUGCCACUACGUCAUGUACCUUGACUGGCUGCACGACGACAUGCACUGUAGCAUUGGGUUUUCGUCUCCCGAGGACAUGUACGAAGACCCUCAGGGAGCUUUCGUGCUUGAUAAUUGCAGCAGUACCAUCGAGGAUUGGUUUGUGGAGAGAAUUGGAUAA